AGGGGGUUGGACUCUGCGCCUAAACAACUCCAGUCUGUGCGCAGCAAUGACUGCAUGUCUGGAGCCUCUACAGCGAGGAGCGAUUAAAGGCUGAACGAGCCUAUUUCAGGAAGACGCGAAGCUUUGGACGGAGCUCAGAUUUCCUCAGAGACUGGAACAAAAGAAAAGGAGCGUUUCUUUCUGGAGCUUUAAGAAGGAGAGCCGUGCUGCCUCACAGCCAUGAGCUCACAGACGAGUUUCGGGAACUUUUUGUUCCAGGCCAUAGACAAUGACCUGAAUGCCUCACUUGCAGUAGCAGAUGAGCUAUCCAAAGAAUUUAGCUCCAUGCUGCAGGAGGCCUCCUCCAAUGACAACAACACAUCGUCUGAAUCUAAGACCAAGUCCAUACACUCCAGAGGCAAACCUCAGUCGUAUGAGCCGUCCAGCACACCCUCCCCCACAUAUUCAUCUAUUAGCAGCAAUGGCUCCUCCAGCUCCAAACCCUUCUCUCCAGGCUCUUCUCAUUAUACAAGUGAUCUCAGCAUCUCCAGCAACAGGAAUGCUCCAUCACCCCCUGUCAUCUCCAACAGCCCCCACUCGUCUCCAAAGAUGCACAGGUCGGUAAAACCCACGCAUCAGCGAUCUGGAUCAGAUGACUACAUGCUUAUGACCCACAGCCCCCAACAGUCACCCCACUUGCCCCGGUCCAGAUCCCCUUCUUCAUUUGAUAGUAGACCACAUGGCUAUAACAUUGACAUGGAAAGAGCCCAAUCACAUAGCCGAACACCCGGGUCUCUGGACCAGUCCUCUCACUUAGCCUCACAUCAGAUGCCCCAAAACCUGCUGAGUCCGUUUGACAACAACCAGAUGAGCCGCAGGUCCCCUCAGCCAGAUAGAGGAUCAGCUCAAGGGUUUUUGAGAUCUCCCUCUCCUCUGUCUUUAAACUCGCAAGGAUCCAGCACCUUACCUCGAAAUUUUACCCUAUUCAAUAAAACUGAAGAGUCUCAAAUGAGGCAGAAAAGUCCAGGAAAGUGGAACGAAACAGAUCUGGAUGUGUCAUAUGACAGGAAACCUCACAACACCUAUGACAAGACAGAUUGGCUCCGACCGUCUGUUCCAAACAGUAGCUGGCGGGAAUCCAACCUUGAUGGCCCUCCUUCUGCCUCCAGCCCUAAAAAGGAUCAUCGCUCUGUUGCCCAGCAGGGUUCCUACAGUUCUUUGCCUCGCACUGCUCGCAUAUCAGUUCCACCUGAAGCUCCGUCCUCAGGAAACUCCCCUUACAGCUUACAGCCCAUCAUUUCCCGUGUCAAUAUGCCCCCACAACACAUCCAGCAUCGCCAAAGAAGGCGUAUACCAAUCUCUGUCAUCUUACGUCUCCAAAAUCCUGAGUAUGGGCAAAUGUCAGCUCUCCAAAAUCAAAGCCGGGAAGGACAAGGAGACAUGGCACCUUACCGCCCACCUGAUCCGGCUCAUAGGAAAAUGUUCCAUCCAACCUUUCCAUCCAACCAUUACCAUUCACAGCAUUAUCCACCUGAACUGAAACAGCCAGCUGUUUAUAAUGAUGCAUUACACCCAGGGGAUAUAGACGCCGAAAUAGAGCGCCUGGACUACAUGCAUCAGAACCCUGCAAAUUUGGAGAAUUCAUCCAUGCCAGGGAGUGGAAAUGAGAUCGAACAGCCCGCGACACCUGCUCCUCGGCCCCUGAGCCCCACAAGGCUGCAGCCGGUGGUGGCCCCUGAGGUCCAGAACCCUGAGUUCCCAGAUCGGGAGGAACUGCUCCUCAUCAGGUCUGAAAUUCCCCGGCCACUGAAGAGACGAGGAUCUGUGGACGUUUCUAAGGGCCUGAAGAAGGCCUCACAUUACCAGCCGAACCAGUACAAAACCAUCAUCCAUAAGAUACUUCACAAAAAACAACACCGCCAUAAGUCGGGAAAAGGUAGCGACAGCUCCUCUGAUGGGGAGGAACCCGCCCUGCCUCCUGUCGCUCCACCCUCAAGUGGUUUCAAGUUGCUUGAACCUCGUGCUGAAGAUGAAAAAUACAAUUCCAUUCUGCGGAAACCUGGUCGGAAAAAAUCAGGAAGACGAGCUCGGCUCCACCCGCUGGUCCUGCUGCUGGAUGGAGCGCUGAUGGGGGAACUGGACACAGUGAUUCGUGCCGUGAAAGAGAUUGGAGACCCCAGCCAGUCCAACGACGAAGGCAUCACCGGCCUGCAUAACGCCAUCUGCGGGGGACAUCACGAGGUGGCAGACUUCUUGGUUCGCACUGGCGUAAAUGUCAGCGCACCAGACAGCCAUGGCUGGACUCCGCUACACUGCGCGGCCUCUUGUAACGACCGUGAUAUGUGCGAGUUUUUAGUGAGAAAUGGAGCUGCUGUCAUGGCCUUCACCCACAGAGACGGUGCAACCGCCUCCCAGAAGUGUGAUCCCUUCCUUUUUGGAUAUGAUGAGUGUGAGAGUUAUCUAAAAGCCAAGGAAGAGUCCAUGGGGGUGGACAACAAUGGGGUCCUGUAUGCUCUGUUCAGCUACCAGGCUCAAGCACCUGAUGAGCUGAGCUUUAAGGAGGGAGACAUGGUCACCAUCCUGAAGAAGACAGAGGGGUCCGACUGGUGGUGGGCUUCCCUCUGUGGCAGGGAGGGCUUGGUUCCAAACAACUUCUUUGGGCUUUUCCCAAAGGUUCGCCCCAAAUCCAUCUGUUAAGAGAUCCUCUGAACAUCCAGGGUGGUUCCUCCAGGAGUCCUUUCACCUUUACAAUAAUAUUUAUCUUCAAUGUUAGACAUUGCAUUAGAACUUCAUCUGACGUGCUUUAGAAAGCUCAUGGUAAAAAUCCAAUGAGGACAAAUUGUUACUCAUGAAACUUGCAUGAGGAAAUAUUUCUGGUGAAGCUUCAUCCCUGUUCUUAAUGUGACAACUCUGUCAAACUUUCCUAAGGAUUCAAAUCUGUCACCCUCCCUGUUGUUGACUCACCCUGUGGUUACAUGUCAAACUUUAACUGUUGAUGUUCAUUCAGCACUUAGCCCAGCAUAGGAAUGAACAAAUCCACAGCCAGUCAGGUUUACACAUGGUUCAUCUCACUGCUGGAACAGUUCACAUCCAAGAUUUAUCAGCAUGUAAAAUAAGGGAGUUUCAAUUAGAAGUACUUACCUGUAUAUAAUUCAGAUCUAAAAGUUUCAACAUUAGACCAGAGUAGAGCUACUCUGUUAACUUUUAUGACCACAUUCAUGACGCUAAUGCUGAAUGAAUGUGACUUUACAUAGUAUUACAAGAACUCUAGUAUAUGACAACGUUCUGUCUUGCUUAAGUUUUUGCACAAUCUUCUUUUGUUUUGUUUUUUACAUUUGGCUUUAAAAAAUAAAUCAUGUUGGGAGGGGAAUGUAAUGUAAGUAUUCCGACUUAGAGGAUGUCUAAUAUGAGGGAAUGCAUAUGUUUGUUGGGUGUCAUGUUGGCCAUUUAUUAUUUUCCUUUUGUGCUUUGUAAUGCUAGUGAAAUAUUACCAAAAGUUGAAUAACAAAACUAACUGUUUAAACAUCCAGUGAAUGCAUGAAAUCUCUUUUCAAUAAAACCAUCUGUUACAGUAACAUGUUAUCCAGCAGCUUCCACAUUUCUUGGAACAACAAGUAAUGAUCCCAGUAAUCCUGAAAAAUGUAUCAUUUAUUGCCAAUAUGUCACACAAUGAUACUCCAAGCUUAUUUUGAAUCAAAUGCUCACAGGAGGAAAGGAAUCUCAUACUAAAAAUAAAAUAAAAAGAAAGCUAUUUAUUGUUGCCAUCAAUAAAAAAGGUAAAUAUGUCUCAACGGAAUUCCUACGAAGUACUAAAUUAAUCUAUUUAAAACAUUUAUAAUUGGAUUUUAUAUUUUAGUAGUUCAUAUCGGGUCAAAAGUGAUACAGUUCAAUUCAAAUUCAAUUGGGAAAUGUUUUAUCAACCCUGAACGGGAAAUUAGAUAUUAUAACUCUACUACAACUUAUUGGUAGAUGUUAAUAGGAUCUCCUGUAGCUGUAUAUCUUGCAGAACUGAAAAACGUUUAACUGACAGUCAUCUGUCCAGGGUGUUCAGGGUUGUCCAUGGCAUUCUUUAUUUUAUCAAUCCAUUUUCUUUUUUAAGUAAUCCAUAUGUGAAAACAGGUUUUAACCAAUGAAGGAACUGAGCUAAAACUCAAAGAAAGGAUUAAACUCUGAAGUAUCAGAUUAACAAUGGUAGCAAUGGCUCUAUAUUAUUGUCCAAAUAUGAGGAGGCAGGGAUCCCACAGCAAUCUGAUACUUCUAAUUUUUUAGGUUGUGCUCGCCUUUAU